ACAAGCUGUCACAUGGGAAUAACAUGACAGAGGCGAGUUCCUUUAUUUUGCUUUCAUUUCUUUAAACGUGUUAUGUUAAGAUUCUAAGUUUAUAUCGGUCACACACGAUGAUCGAACUGUGAAAAAAAUAAAAUAAAUAAAUAAACAAAAAUCUUUCGUCGUACCGAGUGAGCUAAUAAUUGCAUACUUCACUACAUGUUUGGCAUGUUAGAUUAGUCCCGCUCAUCCAUAGGGACAGAAACAGCAGCAUGAGUAUACGAGCACUAUGGGUUGUCUCACACGAGAAGGGUGAAUCUGGAAAAGUGCGGUUUUCCAGGCGAUUCCCAACAGUUGAGCUCCGUGCCAAAUCCUUGGCUGGAACUCAGUAUGUGGCUGUUCCGGAGGACCGCGUCAUACCCAAGCUUCUGCUGACAGAGCUGGGCCUGGUGGAUGCUGACAAACCUUACGUAGAAGUACGGGACGACUGCGCCCGUCAGCACCGCUCACCGGCUGUGGAGCUCCGUUUGGACGGCCCGGGUAGGAGAACCCUCUGGCCCUUGCUCACGGUCACUCAGGGAGCGUUAAUCCUAGCCUGCCUUCCUCUAGUGGAAGCACCUCCUGAGCCUCGACCACCUCUCCCCAGCCUGGCCUCAGUCUCUCAGGGCUUAGCUCUUUUGUCAGGCCUGCAGGAUUUCCUUUGUGGUCCUGGAGCUAAACCAGAGCCUGAUGUGCUGGCCUCCCGUUUGGCUGCUCUUCCUUCGGUGCUCCUGCAGGUUUGCCCUUUGGGGAGGCCACUGGACACCCCUCCUCCUGCUGGAUCGGUGCCUGCUGCUGUGGCUCCAAGCCCAGGGGGGGCUCAAAAGCAGCCAGCCUGGAAGGCAGGGGUCCACCGAGGCAGGGCGGUAGUAAGUGUGGCCCUUACCGAGAAGGUGAGGUCCAUGCAGUACAGCAAGAGCAGUCAACAGGAUAUCUGGGAUGUGUACGGCAUGGUCAUGUGUAAAUGUGAGGUUGAAGGUGUUCUGCCCAAUGUGACUGUCACCCUCACACUCCCACACAACGGUUCACCCCUGCAGGACAUUCUUGUCCAUCCCUGUGUGACGUCUCUGGAUGCAAGCAUUCUUACCGCCUGCAGUGUGGAUGAAAAUGACAGUUCCGCCUUUUCAGGGCCAUACAAGUUCCCUUUUUCACCACCUCUGGAGCUUUUCAGACUCUGUAGCUACACCUCACAGGUACCUGUGCCACCAAUUCUUGGCUCCUACCAGCUGAAGGCAGAGGAGAAUCAUCUGAAGGUUAAUGUUGUCUUGAAGCUCCAUGAAAGUGUCAAAAACAGCUUUGAGUACUGUGAGGCACACAUUCCAUUUUUCAACCAGAAUCUAAUGGGAAGUGUGGAGGUCAAAGUGAGCUCAGGACAGCUUGAGGUGUCUAAAGAGAAGAACCUACUGGUUUGGGUCCUUGGUCAGAAGUUUCCAAAGUCCCGUGAAGCAACACUGGAGGGGACGGUUCAUUUUUCAGGGACUGUUGCUGGACCGACAGACCCUCUGUGCACAGGACUCACUGCAUAUAUAAAACUUUAUUUCCGUGUGCCAGAUUUGACUCUGUCUGGUUGCUGUGUGGACCAACACUCAGUGCAGGUUUACUCAUCUGCCAAACCGCGCAUUGUCACAACACGAGAGCUGGUCUCCUCAGAAUAUUACAUUUGGAACUCCACAGGUGAAGCCCCGGUGUCCUCUGGACUCAUGGUGCUGUGACGGCAUCUCAUUAAUGCACAUUGGCCUUAAUAAAUCAUUGUAGAUAUUAAACAAGGAUCAGGCACUGAAUUAUAUUCUGUAUGGAAAUGCUGCUGUCAUAUAGUGUUAACUUACAUUUACAGUCUGACUUUCAUAUAUCAGUGUGUUUUUUCUGUCAAAAUAUGAAAUCCUCAGUGUCUCAGAA